ACAGCGCUGAGUGCGGAGUGAAGGACAGUAUACAGGACAGUCCAGGCGCGCAUCGGAGAUCACCUGCCGAAUCCUAAGGUCCCAACCAUCAGCUAUGAACGAAAGGAGCACCCACAUGGACUUACUAUGAACUGUCGGAGUGCUGAUCUUCACUUCAUGACUUACACUUACACACUUACACUUUAAGAGGGAAGAAAAAUAUCAGACAUGGACACCUUGGUGUGGAUCUUGAUUUGUGGAGCGCUGGGUCUUGUGUUUAGCUCUAAACUGGAGCGGGCCGUAGAGGAGGAGUGUGAAUCGGGCCAGUACACGAACAGUGGGGAAUGCUGUAUACAGUGUCCACCAGGAGAUGGGGUGGUCAAGGAGUGUGGGGCCACCCAGACUGAGUGCGUUCAAUGCUUAGACAGUGAGACGUUCUCUGUGCUCUACAGUCACACAGAGAGGUGCCAGACAUGCCAUGAAUGCACAGGUCUCAUGCGUAUGCAGACGCCCUGUACUGACUCUAAUGAUGCUGUGUGCGUGUGCAACUAUGGCUAUUUCCUAAAUGUUCUGUCGAGCCAGUGUGAGCCCUGCACUGUGUGUCCGCGCGGUCAGGGGGUGAUGAUGCGCUGCGACUACGACCACGACACGAUCUGUGAGGAGUGUAUAGAUGACACCUUCUCGGAUCAGGAGAGCUCCCUGGACCCCUGCCUACCCUGCACCAUCUGCGAGGUGCAGACAGAGACUCUGAUCAGAAAUUGCACACCCUAUGUAGACGCAAUCUGUCAUGAUCCAUUUGCCCCCACCUAUCCUUCCACCACUGCCUCUCUGAGUGAUUCUAAUCCACCUUUCAGUGAUCUGGAUGAUUUGUGGAGCCCCAGCCCUGGAGGGGACACCACCACACCCAAACCCAGCUCCCCUCACUUCAUCAGCAGUGGCCUCAAUGAGAACCUGAUCCCAAUAUACUGCUCCAUCCUGGCAGCAGUUGUGGUUGGCCUUUUGGCAUAUAUCAUCUUUAAGAGGUUGAAUAGCUACAAGCAGAAUAAACAGGCAGCUAAUAAUCGAGCAGCGACAGCCAAUCAGACGCCGUCUCCCGAGGGAGAGAAGCUGCACAGUGACAGUGGUAUCUCAGUGGACAGCCAGAGUCUGCAGGAGCAGCAAGCGCAGUCGCAGACACAGAUACAGGCACAGGCCCACACACAGCUGCAUGCGGCAGAGCAGAUCGUGGUGAGAGUGGAUGGGGGGGCUCAGCCUGACUCCCCCCCACCUCAGGCCUAAUGAGUGAGGAACAGGGCGUUACGUCAUCAUUAUGACGAUGAAGGAGGAGUGAAAAUUUGGAGUAAAGGGAACAAAGGGUGCAGAAGAUCACGAAGGAGAAUGGAGGAGUGAAGCCAUGAUGGGUGUUUGGCAAGGGAGGCUGAGACUUUGAAUACUUCUGAACCCAGCAUGAACAGUUUGCUGAUGUGUUGGGUCAUCAGCGUGAAUGGACCUGUCUUAACAUCAACAAUCAGACUAUGGCCUAAAGUAGCUACUUUAAAUAAAUGUAAGCCCAUUAGCCCAAAGCAAGUUCGCAGCAUAAUGUAUAGCGAAUACCCAGUUCAAACCUCAACAAACUGUGAAUGUUUCAAACUGGGUUUCUCAAAUGUUUGACGUAACCUCAUGACAUGAAAUUUGAAUCUCUUCACGACUGGACGGCGGACAAGGGUUUCAAGGUUAUCACGCAAAUUAGCAACCGCACCACUGUUCCUCCAUUUGGGGCUUUCUGCCUGAUUCAAUAUGGUUUUCUUUUUUGCCUUAUCUUUGAAGUAUUAAUAGAUUUUGUCUCUAACAUCAAAGCUCUUUUUUCAUCUGAAUUUGACCCGGUUGUUGCCGUUUAUAGGCAACAACUCACGACUGUGACAUUUGCUGACCUUUACUAAUAUAAUGACUCAGAUCUAAACAUAGCUCUCCUUUCCUUUCUUUUCUUUAACACUCUCUGUGACAGCCCUUUCUCUAUUAAACCUCACAAACACACACAUAGCGUGUCAUAUUCCCUGGCUUCCUCUGCUCAUUGCCUAGAUGUUCUAUUUUUAAAAACCUGAUUCAAAAUGCAAAGAGGAACCAAAACUGAAAUACUGAGAUAGACUGGGACAAACAGACAAAAACUGAAAGAACCUGAAAGAGUUAAAUAACUAUUUGAAAGCUGUCAUGUACUCCUACAUGUAACCACCAUGUUUUUGUCCCACCGUUAAUUCAGAAAUUUGGUUUGUCCUAAUUUAUAUUCCAGUUCUUAAAUGAUUCCAUUAACGAUUCAAUGGUCUUUCAGAACUAUAUUCUGAACAAAAGUACUAAUCAAAUACAAAAAAUUUUUGUAGCAAAUCUUACUGGUAUAUUAUAUCAUAUCUGAAACUAUAACUAAUCACUGUCAUUUGACAAACCAGACAUUAUUUAUGCUGAUUUAAGUUUCACAAGCCUGAAGUACACAAACAAAUAGUCAUAAGUUUCAUUUAAAAGAACCAGCCCAUAAAAGUCAUUUAUUCAUGCAUUAGACUUCACUGGGCAUGCUUUAUGUUUGUUGUUGUUCGCAAACAGCGGCACACAGUCUUUCUCUCUCAUCGCAUUAAAUUCAUCCCACAAGCUCACAACUCACAACUAUUAUUAUAAACUAUUUAUUUAGCCAUACAGUGAUCGAGACGGGAUCUUAUGCAGAACCAGUUCUUGAUUUCCAACCUUAGUCACAAAAACAUCAGGAAGAACAAAUGGGCCAUUCCUGAUGUUUGAUUUUGGAUUUACUUGGAUUUACCCAUUAUAUUUUAAACUUUUUUUUUUUUUUUUUCACCACCACUGGAAUGAUCAAAGUCCAUCGACAUCUCUGGUUCUUGAUGAUUCAUCCUCUCUUGGUUUUCUUUCUUUUUGUCACUAACUCUUACAGUCUCUGUUCAGUUCAGUCUUGGCUAAAUGAUUCAUUCCAUAAAGCUAAGGGCCGGACAUGUGGUGUACAGUAUGUGCAUCAGAUGCCAUAAUUUGGUUUGAAUUACAACGCCAUAUCAGCUGUCAAAUGCUGGAAGUGGUCAUGUUCACUGCGUGCUGUAUGUUAUGAGAAUCUGCAGAAUAGAGUGAGCCGUGCCAUCAGGUUAUGUCACUGACCCAAACUGGACAUAUUUCAGGGCAGACUUGUCAUCGUCUUAACAGAAGAAAGGAGUGUUAGUGAGAUUUGCAUUGAAGUAAAUUUGUCUAAUCAUACUAGCGGUGUCCAAAAUUAACUUUUUGUAACACCUGCCAAUGUAGAGUAAAUAGAGAAAAUGUACCGUCCAUAAAACAUUUCUUACUGGCAAUUAAACUGCAAUUCUGUAUUAUGAAAUAUAGAUAUCUUUUGUUUUCAUGACAACUGUAUUAUUAUUUUUCCCCUUGCAUAUUAGCGACAAACAGCGCUGGUCAUUAAGUCACUCGCAGCAUCAUAUACAAGCUAGUCACCAUCUCUCUGAGAAACGACACUGUUGUAAUUAUGAUUAUGUUGCAAUCGAGUAAAUUAGUUUCAGUGGCUUUAUGCGAGGAAUAUUCCACAUAGGUGUUGCAACAUGGGCUUUUUGAGAACCAAAAAAUUUUUAAAACUUCUAUAAAUUACAUUUUCCAUUAAAGUAAAACUAAAAAGAGUUGGGACCCACUUUAUAUGAGGUGUUUUAACUACUAGCCUGUGUUCUUAAUCAUUUGAUAGAAUGUACUUAUGACAUACAUACUGUAUGUGUUGUUGCAUUGUACUAACAUUUAAAGUACAUGCAUUUAAUUACAUCUAUAUUUACACUGACCAUGUUUACAUGGACACCAGAAAACGGUUUAUUGUGAGAAAGCUGCUUGAGGCUCAGAAUUGGUGCAUGCGUUUAGAUGAGCUGUUUUAGCGGCUUUCUCUUUACUCCCAUAGACAUGCGGCUUGAAGCAGCUGUCUUUACUGCAACAUAACUUCCUUGUGCACUUGUGCAAAUAAUAAACAUGGCAUCUGAAUAGGACUUCACUAUUUUAUUGUCCGUUGCUAUGCUUCAUAUCCAGAUAUUCCAAAGAGGUUGCUGUGUUUGUUAUCUUAUCUUAUCUUAUUUUUGUUAUCGCAACCUGCAAGGGAAUUGCGCUGCAAUAGUGGGGUUUUCCAUCCGUGAUUCCACCAAUGUAUGAGCAUACAUACGCAAACGUUAGAGACAGCCCAUAUUUUACAUUUGUGUGUAUUAUUGUGUAUAGUUUACUGUGUAUGUGCCUUUUCCACUUUACUCCAAGACAUAUUUUAUUCUUUCAACUGUUUUGACUUUUUGUUGGGCUCCAUCCUAUGACGCUUGUUUUGAUGGUCUGUUCAUGCAUGUUACAAUGCUGCUUAUGUGUUUACAUGGGCACAUUAAGUUGUAUUCUCUUUACGGGAUGUUACGGGAUAUGUGUUAGGGAUAAAGAAAGCGGUUUCUGCAAAACCUAGAAUAAACAGUUUUUUUUUUAAGUGCAUGUAUAAAUGGACACUGUUAACCUUACCCCUAACCCAAUCUUUACCGUAAACCCCACCCCUACACCUAAACUUACCCGCACCUCAACCUCAGUAACAGAAAAUUUGAAUCUUGUGAGAAUUUAGCAAAAAAAAAAAAACAUGUGGUUACACAAUAAAUACACUGCCUGGCCCAAACAAAAAUUGCAUACUCUAAUAUUUCAUUGGACUGCCUUUAUCUUUGAUUACAGUGCACAUUCAUUGUAGCAUUGUCUCGACAACCUUAUGCAAUGUCACAACAUUUAUUUCCAUCCAGAGUUGCAUACAUUUUUGGCCAAGAUUUUUUAUUGAUGAUGGGAGAGUAGAAGCACUCCUAAAGUCGUCUCUAGCACAUCCCAAAGACUUUCAAUGGAGUUAAGGUCAGGAGUCUGUUGUGGUCAAUUCAUGUGUGAAAAUGAUUCCUCAUGCUCCCUGAACCAUUCUUUCACAAUUUAAGCCCAAAGGAUCUGGGCUUUGUCGUCCUGGAAUAUGCCCAUGCGUCAGGGAAGAAAAAAAUUCAUUGAUGGGUUAACCUGGUCAUUCAGUACAUUCAGGUAGUUAGCUGACUUAAUUUUAUUGCGGCAUAAUGUUGCUGAGCCUAGGCUUGACUAAUUGAAGCAAUCCCAGAUCACAAGGCAGUGUAAAUUUUUGUAUGUACUUUAAUGCUAGUAAAUUGUAGUUAAACACACCUAAUUCAGUGGGACCAAAAGAAGAAAAGACAGAAGUCGUAACAGAUUUCCUGUAGUAAAAGUUUGUAUGUCUUUAAUAUGAAUCGCUUAUGUCACUUAGAUCAACAAGGGUGAGACAAUCAUUCUUUCAGACAUAAGAUAUUAUGUUGUAGUUCCUUAUAAAUCUACCAGCCUCUGGUGAUUUACUUGCCAAAGCAAAUUUUACCACAUUUUCUAAAUGUUGAUUAAUUUGGACUCACAAACAUGUCAACUAAAAGCCUGAGCCACUAAAAUUACUUAAUUACUUCCUGUUUUCUGUCCAUUCACUAGGAUAUUACGCUAGUAAACAGACACUAGGGACCUAACGCCGAGGGAUUUCACAGUGUGCGCAUGCAAACAAACACACGCACGCACACACGCACACACGCACACACACACACACACACACACACACACUCAUGUUGUGUUUCCAUGUUUUAUGGGGACUUUCCAUAGACAUAAUGGUUUUUAUACUGUACAAACUUUAUAUUCUAUCCCCUAAACCUAACCCAACCCCUAAACCUAACCCUCACAGAAAACAUUCUGCAUUUUUACAUUUUCAAAAAACAUAAUUUAGUAUGAUUUAUAAGCUGUUUUCCUCAUGGGGACCGACAAAAUGUCCCCACAAGGUCAAAAAUUUCGGGUUUUACUAUCCUUAUGGGGACAUUUGGUCCCCACAAAGUGAUAAAUACACGCUCACACACACACACACACACACACACACACACACACACACACACACACACACACAGCAACUAAUGGACUGUCUUUCUUUGCAUUCCUAAUGUGCUUACUGCCAGGCUCUGGAAUAAACAUGAGAGGCAUUAGUGAGACAUUCCUGUCAGGCAGGUCGUAAUUACCCCUGAAGCUUUCAGUUUCUCUUCCCCAUGCUCAGUUCACUCUCCUGGGGUGCUGUCCUGAUCAGCUUUCUUUCCCUAGAGCUCUGCAUCUCCAUUCUGGGACUCACCGUCCAACCUUACUGGGUUCAAUAAAAUGUUUUUGGUUGCGACACACCAGUAGAGAACCACUGUUCAAUAUUAAUUAUACAUCUACAAGAAAUCACUUUUUCAUCUGACAAAUCUUUCAUUUAAGAAUACAUUUAUUCUUCAUUAUUCCUGUCCACAGAGCUGUUUGUGGCUUAAGCCACUAUUAUAGUGCCUACUAGAAGUCAUGCAUUAGCUUCUGGUUUGAUGUAUGGGUCUGUGGAAUAAGUUUGCCUCCGGCUUUUUGGAAGAAAGCUUGUCAGCUUCAUCACCUUUUAUAACACUUUAGUAGCGUGCAUCUCCCCUGGCACUUUGCUUUCCAUUAAACCAUGCUGUGAAGCAUAUCAUUGGCUUCUGGUGUUGCUUGCAUGCUAGUGUGUAAUGUGUUUUAUGGGUUCAACAUCUCUUGUGGGGCACCUCACUGAUGUUUGCUCUGAGAUUAGACUACUUGAAAGAACCUGAUGAGAUCAAGAUAAGUUCUCUUUCACUUUCUCACUCUCUAUCUGUGGGAAUGUGCCAAGAAAAGAUUGGGUUGUCUCUAUCCCAUGCUUGUUUCUUAACACAGAGCAGAAAAGUUGGCAAACGUCAAAUAGAGAGGUGUUGUCACAGCAAUACGAAAGAAAUCGCAGUGAUUGAUGCUUCUCAGGGGGUGGGGUGGUGUACUUAUAAAUAAUAUAUAUUGGAAAUGUGACUAUAUUUUCAUAGAAUGGUCAAAUGAUUGUUUGUUCUAAUGUGUUCUGAUAAAUUGUAUGAGGGUGAGCCAUUUAUCAUUUAACCCCCACAAUUUGAGAUUGGCAUCUAUAGGGCAUCAAAUAAUCAAUCAGUGAGCAUCGAUUCAAAAAGAGAAAGGAUUGGUUCUUGAUUCAGUUCCCUGGAUUGUGCCAACGUCUCCAUAAAUAACAGCAGCUUUAUUAAUACUAGCUUUAUUGUCAGCCAGAAAAUUUAAUUAAAACACAAAUUUUGUUAGCAAUAUAGUCACAUGCUAAAUAAAUUCUUCACUCUUUUCUCCCAUUCUUUCUUCAUUUCUACUUUAGUACAUUUUUUUUAAAUGUUUUAUUUUUUUAUUUUAACAGAGUAUUUUUUUCCUUUUCAUUUCAAAUUGCAGUAUUUUAUAGAGACCACUUACUUUCGUAGCACUUAAAAAGGAUUGAAUAUUAACACUCAAAUAGUGUUGAUCACCAAAAAGUGCCUGUGGACUAUAUCAGGUGUCUUUGAGUUACGUAUGUUUAAAAAGUUUGAUUUCAUGUAUUAUUUCACUAUUUUUCCUGUGUGCUCUGUGUUAAUCGUAUGUGAUAGUUUUUUAUUAUUAAUUUUCAUUUUGUUAUUCUAUCUUGGUGAGAAAAUGUUGAUGUUAUAAUUACAAGUCAUCAUUAUCCAUACAUCCAGGUGAAUAUUAUCAAUCGCUCUGUGUUUUCGAGAACUGCCUAAAAUUUAAAUAGACAUACUGUAUAUUACACCAGUACCAUUAGGGGAAUAUAUGACCCCCCCAAAAAACACUAAAUAUAUCAUAUAAUGUCACUUUUAAUGCACAUCGGAUCAUUCUAUGCAUUUAACUCUGUCUAAUUUACAAAACUAUUAGCUUAAAAAGUGGCAAUAUUUGAUAGAUGUGUUUUACAAAUGUGUUGAUAUGGAUGGAAAGUGAUUGUACAUUACUAUUAGUCAUGAUAGAGACUAUAUCACAUUUAAGAGAUGUUGGGAAGAAUAUCCACAUACAUGAUUUUGAAAACUAACUUCCCUUGUUCAGCCAAUCCCUUCUAUAGAGCUGAAUGUUAUCUGUACAUAAUCCAUGCUGUACAAUGCAUUGUGUAAAUUGUUUCCUGGAUUUAUGUCAGUACAAUUAAUGUAAACAAGAGCUGAAAGCAUUUAGAAUUCUAUUAAAUAAAAACCAAAUAU